AAUUCACAUAUCUUUUUUAUUGUUGUUUUCUUUUUUAUUGUCGUAUUUCAAUAAGUCCUAAUAAUGCAAAUCAUUAAUUAUCUGUAUAUAUUUAAACAAUGUAAUUCAGUAAGCAAAGAGCAUUUUUGUUUUAUGAUUGAAAUAAAAAAACAUACCCUUAGCAGGAAGACUUAAGCGGAUGCUGUUUCCAUUUCAACGAUCGUUACAAGAAUGUUUUUCAUCAAUAAACUGAAUAUUAACAAAAGCCAGUUUUGAUUUAAUUUAUACAAUUCAUCUAUCUUUCAUUCAUAAUAAACAGAUGAAUAAUGAAAAGUCUACCUACAUGAAUCUUUGCAAUUGAAAGAAUCGAUACCUGCAUGAAGGAUUACAAGUAUCUACUAUUCGACUUAUUAGCUUGUCAUGCCCCUUUUUCUAAUAAAGACUGUUGCAUUUUAAUUCAUUUAAAACAGCUUUUAAAUUUGUUAAUAAAAAAAAAUGAGGCGAGUGGUAAUUACCGGAUUAGGAGCCGUAACUCCUCUUGGUUGUGGAAUAAAAAGGACAUGGAAUGGCUUACUUCAAGGAAAAUCUGGUAUUGCUUCUUUAAAAGAUAAUCCAAGGUUUGAAUCCCUGCCAAGUCAAAUAGCAGGCUUGGUACCCAGAGGCACCAAUGAAGGCGAAUGGAAUCCCCAAGCUUACAUUAAUUCAAGCAAACUACGUGAAACUGCAGAAUUUACUCAAUUUGCUUUAGCGGCUUCUUCUGAAGCUCUCUCUGAUGCUAGAUGGAUAGAUAUUAGUGACGAAGAAAAAGAAGCUACUGGCGUCUGUUUUGCGACCGGAAUGGGAAAUUUGGAAGAUGCCAUUCAGCAAAACAACGUUUUUAUCAAUAGCGGGAUACGCAAGAUCUCUCCUAGAAUUAUUACAAAAGUCCUAAUGAAUAUGCCAGCAGGAUAUAUUUCUCAACAGUAUGGCUUUCGAGCCUGCAACCAUACUGUAACCACUGCCUGUGCUGCUGGCUGCCACGCCAUCGGUGAUGCUUACAACUUAAUCAAACUUGACCAAGCCAAUGUAAUAUUAGCUGGUGGCUCUGAGUCAUGUAUCAAUCCAUUGGUUUUAGCUGGGUUUAGCAAAGCCAGGAGUUUAUCUACGAAGUUUAAUGACGAUCCGUCAAAAGCCUCUCGUCCUUUUGACUCGGAAAGAGAUGGUUUUGUCAUCGGAGAAGGUGCUGGAGCCUUGGUGCUCGAAGAACUUGAGCAUGCUAAGCGCAGAAACGCCAAAAUCUAUGCUGAAGUCCUCGGCUUCGGUCAAUCUGCUGAUAACUAUAAUAUCACUGCACCAAAUCCGAAUGGUUCAUCCGCCUACGCAGCUAUGAAAAAGGCUCUGAAGAAUGCGAAUGUAUCUUCUGGAAAAUUGGAUUACAUAAACGCCCAUGCUACCUCUACAAAGCUCGGUGACGCCUCCGAAAGUAAAGCCAUUGCAACUCUCUUGAAAGACGAUGGCAUUGACCCUCACUCAGUUUCAGUUUCAAGCUCUAAAGGCUCCAUUGGACAUCUCUUAGGAGCUGCUGGAGCAGUUGAAUCAAUCUUUACAAUUUUGGCUAUACAUGAAAAAACUAUUCCUGCAACUCUAAAUUUUCAAAAAACCGACAUUCCAGAAGAAGAUCAGUGCGACUACGUUCCCAAUAAAACAAAAUUGAAAACUGUGAAUUAUGCAUUAACAAACAGUUUUGGUUUCGGAGGAACAAAUGCGUCUCUAUGUAUAGGCUCCUAUCGUUCGUAAAAGGGUUGUUAGUCUAAAAAUGAUAUCGAAGGUUUAUUUAACGAGUAAUUUUUAAUUAUUACAAGCAAACAUAUAGAAAACUCAUUAAAACAUAAUCUAGAAAAUAAAAGGAAAGAAGCUGGCACG